UCUUGCAAUCAUCGGGAUUUACCAGCCGAAUCCCUUCCUAACCUCAAAAUUUACAUGUUUUUCCUCAAUUUUUCCAGGUGGACAGGGAAAAAGGAAUAAAAAAAAGUCAUCACUGUUGACUGAUAAAAAAAUUUCAAGAAACAAUUGUCCACGUCGAGUGACUGAAAGUACUUAAACACUCGGUUGUACAUUAAACACAUGUACUUAAUACUCGUGAAUACGAUAUUCAUGAUUAAUAGUAUAAACAUUUGAAUGAGUUAUGGGUGGACAAAAAUUUCAGUACGACGAGAGCGGUGGAACGUUUUUCUAUUUUCUACUGUCAUUUCUCGCACUUGUUCUUGUACCUGGGACGUACUACCUCUGGCCACGAUCAUCUAAACAAGAUCCAGAUCAAUUAUUAAGGAAGUGCAGAUGUCCAGGAUGCAAGAGGAAGAAGGAGAUCCUGGCCCAGCAGAAUCCCGGCAAGGCGACAAAAACGAUCCUAAUAAAAAUGUUUAUCAUCGUCUGCUGGAUAUUCCUGGCGUUGCUAGCUUACAAGGUCUCCCAGUAUGACGCAGAAAUGGCGAACUUCGAUCCUUACGAGAUCCUCGGAGUGUCUCCGGGAGCAUCGGAGCGCGACAUAAAACGAUCCUACCGCAAGAUCUCGCUGAUCCUUCACCCAGACAAGGAGACUGGAGAUGAGAAGGCCUUCAUGAAGUUGACGAAGGCGUACCAGGCGCUGACGGACGACGAGGCCCGCUCCAACUGGGAGAAAUACGGAAACCCUGAUGGUCCUGGGGCGAUGUCCUUCGGUAUUGCCCUCCCCUCGUGGAUUGUUGAGAAGAAGAACUCGGUGUGGGUCCUGGGGCUGUACGCCAUGGUCUUCAUGGUGGCCCUGCCCACGGUGGUGGGCAUGUGGUGGUACAAGAGCAUCAGAUACACAGGAGAUCAAGUUCUCCUCGCCACCACCCACAUGUACUACGGCCUCUUCAGUGGCACCUGCACAACCGUCCUCAAGCGCGUCAUCAUGAUCCUCGCAGCCUCCUACGAGUUUUGUCGUGGUGCCAAUGCCGAAAUAGUCGAGCGCCAGUCCGACAACGAGGAGGUCCCCUCCCUCAUAAAAAAGCUCCCCAACCUGGGGGAGAAGAACAAGGAGACGCCUCUCUGUCAUCACUACUCCAUCAAGGCCAGGGCGAUAAUCCACGCCCAUCUCACCAGGAUUCCCCUGAAUCCCCUGACCCUAGAGAAGGAUCGCCAGUACAUUGUCAAGAAGUGCCCCUAUCUCAUCCAGGAAAUGGUGACGUGCGUCAAUCAGCUGAUCAUGCUGGCGUACUCUGGGAGGGUGCCACUACUGCCCACCAUUCACACAAUCGAGAACUGCAUGAAACUCUCACCCAUGAUUGUUCAGGGCUUCUGGGAGUUUUCUAAUCCCCUGCUGCAGCUGCCUCACAUUGAGGACGAACAUCUCAAGCACUUCCUGGGGAAGAAGAAGAAUAUCAAGACUCUUCAGCAGCUCGCACAGCUCAAGGGGAACGAGAGGCGGCAGAUCCUGAGGAUGCUCAGUGAUGAGCAGUAUGAGGAUGUCAUGAGGGUCUUGGGGAACAUGCCUUAUGUCGACUUCAAGGUACAAUCGGAGGUAGUCGAUGACGACAAUCCAACGGUCUACACCGCCGACGCAAUUGUCACAGUAACAGUCACCCUGACAAGAAGGGACAUGAGGGAAUUGUUUGGCGAUGAAACAGCAAAGGAACAGACAGUGGACGAAGGAGAGGACAAGGAGGAUAAAGACGAAAAAGAGGAUAAGGAUGAGCAGGCUGUCCCAAUGAAGAAAACCCCCUGGUUAAAGCAGAAAAAAGGUGGAAAAUCAAAGCUCGACAAGAAGAAGAAGCAGCGAGUGUCCAAGAAGUCCACCCCGAAGGGCAAAAAAUCCCCAGAGGAUGAUAACGAGAAGGAGAAGAACCCCCAGGGGCCGGUGGAUCAAGCCAAAGACGACAGCAGUGAGCACUCUGAAGCCGAGAGCGAGAAGAGCGAUGAGGAGCCUGAAAAAGUCAAGGAAAUCAAUCAAGAGGACGACGACGAGGAGUGGGAGAAGUUCCAGCAGAGGAUAGCCAAGAAGGAGAGGGUUCUCGAGGGUAGGAGCAAUGUCUCACACGAGGUGCACUGCCCCCUCUUUCCGGAUGACAAGCAGGAGUACUGGUGGGUCUACAUCUGCGACAGGAAAUCCCACACCCUCAUCACGACACCCAUUCACGUGACUGGGCUCGUUGACAGGGAGGAGGUACAGCUGAGGUUCACUGCACCCGGCUGGCCAGGCCUCUACACCUUCUCGGUGUGCCUCAGGAGUGACUCCUAUCUGGGAUUCUAUCAGACUCAGGACAUCAAGUUGGAUGUUGAAGAAGCCCCAGCAGUACUUACUCAACACCCACAAUGGGACAUUUCCGACGAAGAAACUGCCGAGGAGAAUGACGCAGUCGAUGAACAUUCCGAGUACACCACAGAUGAGGAUAUCAGUGACAAUGAAUGAGAAAAAAACCAAAUUAAUUGAAUAAUUCAACGUAACUCAUAGAUGAAGUGGUAGAACUAUUCAAUCAUUCCAAUCUUGACUAAAUGUGCAAUCAUCUGCGUAAUGAAUUGAUUUAGAGGAAAAUCUUAUUAACAUUUUUUGUAGGAAAUUUAAUUCUCCACAAAAAAUGUUUUCUGCCAUUCUUUCGUAAAACUACUCAUUACUGAGAUAAUCGCAAUUAACGAAAACAUUGAAUUUCACUCAUUGAUUUAGCAGAAUUGACCAUUUUUAUUAAUUGUUUAUUUAUCUCGAUGACAGUUGAUUCGAUCGAAAAAUGUCAUAAGAUCUUUUUGGCGGAGAAUUAAAUUUCCAACAAAAAACUUUUUUAGCAUUUUUCUCUAAAACUGAAAGGUAAAACGUGGGAACAAAUUAAACAAGUGGAAUAGCGACUAUUUUGAACAAUUCAGGACAUUUUUGUUUUUAGUCGAGGGUCAAAUGGUCUUAAGGGUCUCACGGGUUAGAGCAGUGACCAGAACCGGUCAUUUGACCCUUGAAACAAUUUUAACUUCAACGAAAACAAAAAAAAACCCUCAAUUUUGAAGUUCCACCACUUCAUUAUCAAAAAAUAAUAAAAAUUAACUAAUUAAAGUUAAAUAAAUGAACUAAUUAAUCACAGCUGACGAAGGUAAUCAGCUCGACAGCUACUGUCUUCUCAAAUUCCCUUUUAUACUGAAAAAUCAAUGAAUAAAAUUAAAAAAAUCCGUUGCUGAGUGAAUGAAAUCCUUUAAUUCACUCUAGAUCUGAAGUAAUAAUUUUUUAUGCGUGAAAAAUUUACAUCGUCAUAGACAAACGACAAUUUAUUAUUGAAGUAGACGUGUGUAUGGUACUAUUACGGGGCAUAAUUACAAUGCAAGUGUGCAUUAUUGGGACAAAUACAAUAACGUUUAUAAAUUCAUCAUGGAAAUUAUGAAAUUAUACAUAUUAUACAUAAGAA